AUGCCGGUCCGACCAGAAGACGCGGAAGAGUACGAGCUCGCCGAGCGCCGCAGCGACGACGACGAUGAAUCGGAGAACGGGUGGGACGACGACGGGUUCGUCACCAAGCCGACGGAAGAUGAGGUGGGGACGAGCGAGCGCGACCGCCUGCUCGAGGGCGAGGACGAGCGGAAACCCACCUCGCUCGACGGGGAGGACGACGAGCUCGUGUACCGCCGCCGUUUGGACGAAGAAGAAGAAGACGAGAUCGUGGGCAGGGGCACCAAGGUCGACCGUCUCAUCGCUGCUGCCGUGCCCGAUACCGACGACGUCUCGCUGCCGACGCUCACGAUCCGCGUGAUUGUCAUCGGGUCGUUCUUCUGUAUCCUCGGCGCGGCGGCCUCCAUGGUCUUCUACUUCAAGUCGAACGCGCCCGGCUUCUCGAGCUACUUUGUCAUCCUGGCGACGUACCCGCUCGGCCAUAUCAUGGCGAGCGAGCGCCUGAUACCCCGUAACAAGAUGCUGCUGGGGGUCAACUUGAACCCUGGGCGCUUCAGCGUCAAGGAGGCGAUUCUCGUCAGCGUGCUGUCGUCCUCUGGUGCCAUGGCGGCGUACGCGGCGGAUAUCCUCGCCAUCCUCGACCUGUACUACAAGCGCCCGCUCGCGACCGUCCCGUCACUGAUCUUGCUCAUGACGACGCAGUGUAUCGGCUUCGGCCUUGCGGGCAUGCUGUACAACCUCCUCGUGGCCCGGCCAGCAAUGUACUGGCCCUCGACGCUCGUCGUCGUGCAGCUCUUCACGACGCUGUACGACUCGGGCUCGACGGCCCUCUCGGCCCAGGCGCGCCAGCUCACCCGGCGCAGGCUGCACGUCUUCCUCGUCAUCUUCCUCUGCACCUUCAUCUACCAGUUCCUCCCCAUGCUCCUCUUCCCGACGCUCACGACCGUGUCGGUGCUAUGCCUGAUCGACAACAGCAGCUGGUGGAUGCGGACGCUCGGCGGCGCGUACACUGGCCUCGGGAUGCUCAACUUCAGCUUUGACUGGAGCUCGAUCGGUACCGCCGGCCCGCUGUACACGCCAUACUGGGCCUUGGGGAACUGGUUCGGUGGUCUAGCAGGGAUGAUCUGGGUGAUUGUCCCUAUCCUGCUCCUCACAAACUUCUGGAACGCAAGGGACUUCCCCAGCCCGACUUCGGCGUCGCUUUACAACGCCACAUAUCAGAAGUUUGACGUUACCACGGUGCUCAAGCCGGACCUGUCCCUCAACGAAGAGGCAUGGGAGGCUGCCAAGCCGCUCGUGCUCACUCCAUACUUCGCAAUCACAUACGGCCUCGCCUUUGCAGCCCUGUCCAGCAUUAUGGUUCAUGUGUGGCUGUGGCACCGUGAGGAGAUCAAGGAGGCAUUGACGAACAAGGCGCCCAUGAACGACGUGCACAAUACGCUUAUGCGCUCCUACAAGUCGGUGCCUCAAUGGUGGUAUCUUGCCCUCCUGGGCGGCAACUUUGCUGCCGCUGUCCUCAUGAUCUGGACUGCCCCUCUACAAUUACCCGUCUGGGCGCUGGUAUUGUCCCUGGCAAUUGCAGCGGUGUUCCUUAUCCCAAUCGGUAUAGUCAUGGCGGUUUCCAACACCCAGAUUGGUCUCAAUGUGAUGACAGAAUUCAUUAUCGGACUUCUCAUGCCUGGGAAACCCAUUGGAAACGUCACCUUCAAGUGUUUUGGCUACAUGGCCAUGUCACAAGCCCUGCAGCUUACCUCGGACCUCAAGCUGGGGUGGUACACGUCGAUCCCGCCCCGCGAAAUGUUUGCAUGCCAGAUCAUUGGGACUGUGAUUGGGGCCCUCACGAACUACAUCACCCUGCAGUCAGUGCUGGUGUCCAAGCGCGAGUACCUCGACGGCACGACUGUCGAUCCUACGGGACAGUGGACUGGACGCCGCCCGAGCAUCUUCUACUCGGCAAGCAUCAUCUGGGGCGCCGUCUCCCCCAAGCGGUUCUUUGCCGGCAAGUACUGGGUACUAUACCUUGGCUUCCCAUUCGGAGCGGCCGUGCCAGUCAUCUUCUGGCUUGCACACAAGCGCUGGCCAAACAAGAAGCUCAACAAGGUCGUGUUCCCCAUCAUCUGCCAGGGCGCCAUCCUCAUCCCAGAAUACCCGACCAACAUCAUCCUCAUGGGCAUUGCCGCGGCCGUCUUUGCCAAUAGCUAUGUCGCCAAGCGGCAUCCAAAGUUCCACUCGCAGUUUAUCUACGUGAUAAGCUCUGCGCUGGAUGCGGGAACGUCGAUUACCGCCUUGGCCAUUUAUCUCUUGUUCAGUGUCCUGACGACAUGGACGGGACCGCGGUGGUGGGGUAAUCCCGCGAGGGAUUCAGAGCAUUGCGUUCCGGGUAGUUAGUGUGGGGUAUCAUGUCUAGCUCGUUCCAGUGUGCACUGUUGUAGCCCCUUGGGUCGUCGCUUUGGGCCUAUUGAUAGAGGAGUGCUAGUGAGGUAUAUGGGCACACACAAGAGUUGCGACGCGUCGGACGAGGUUGCGUGGUUGUGCCAACAAGCAAAGCACGCGUGCAGUGUUAAAGUGG